AAUUUUAAUGGAAAUAACUGUCGAAACGAAUUUCGAAUUCAUAAUUUUCAACUGUAACAGAGUCACGGCCGUCACGGCGCAAACGUGACACCAAUUGUUAUGGCUAAAGUCCCGUCCCGAGAAUCCGCUGGCAAGGCGGGGAGGAGAAUUAGAACGACGGUGUUUUUAACCUCUUACAACCGCGGACGGAAAAUUUUUUUGCAAAACAACGACAUACGAGAGAUAGAUAAAAGUUUGAUAAGAAAGAGAAAAAAUUAUUCUUCUGGUCCGUUUGUAAAUUAAAUUAUAGCCGGUAAAAUCGCAAUAAGAAAGUACAUCUUGAGUUCCGUCAAUUUUACAUCUGUGCUACGAGAAUUUUUAUUCCAAUUCAACGUAUUCGCGUUAUCAUCCGACAGACCAUUGGUUUUCGAUUGUUGCAAGUAACCUCCAAAUAAAAAAAAAAAAAAAAUUAUAAAAAAUCCAAAAAAAGAAAGGUACUUUUGGGAGAAGAAAAUCAAAGUAAAGAGAAAAAAAAUAGGUUAUGGUUAUGUCAAUUGCGUAAUAUGGCGUCGUCCGAUAGUGGUGAAAUUAACAAAACUUUGGAAUACCGAAUUUACAAGUGCUCCAGUUAUUCGUCGACUUAUGUUCCCGAAAAUAUUCUCACAGACAAACCUCUGGAUCAGACCUCUAGAUGGUCCUCCGACAAUGAUAAACAGCCGCAGUUCCUGGUGCUCAAACUGCAAAGUCCGGCGAUCGUCAAAACCAUUACAUUUGGUAAAUUUGAAAAGACACACGUUUGUAAUAUCAAAAAAUUCAGAGUCUACGGGGGGAUGAAACCCGAGAAUAUGAUGACUCUUCUAGAAAGUGGUCUAAAGAAUGAUUCAGUGCCAGAGACUUUUGACAUGAAACAUGUUAUUGGCAGGGAUGGCAAUUAUUUCCCUGUCAGAUACAUAAGUAUUUUGCCUCUGCAAUCUUGGGGACCGAGCUUCAAUUUUUCCAUUUGGCAUGUUCGACUGACCGGCGUUGAUGACCCUAAAAUUGUUAAUUCUAGUAUAGAAUGGGUGGACUCCUACCUUCAGAGAGAAGUAAUAAGACUGUGCAUGAAACACUUUCGUCGUUUCGAACAAGCCGAAGUUGUAGAUACUUUAGAAAGAGUUACAGGUGUUAGUCUCGAAGACAGUCGGCUAACGACUCUCUACGAUCUUCUCGUGCGCAAAGGAGAUUAUCCGCAAGUUGAAAACUUCAUUACUAAUGCCAUUUCCAUGGGAAUGUUGGACGAAUACAUAAAUUCUCAGUCGUAUAGAGCUGUAUGGACAAAAGUAUCUUGCGAAGAUCCAAAGCCAGGAAUGAGAGGAGGUCACCAAAUGGUUUUGGAUCCAGCUGCCGAGGUUCUUUAUCUUUUUGGUGGUUGGGACGGAAAUCAAGAUCUUGCUGAUCUCUGGGCGUACAAUAUAAGCACAGAAAAAUGGACUCUCAUUUGCAAGGAUACGGAAGAGGCAGGUGGACCGAGUGCUCGCUCCUGUCACAAAAUGUGUCUCGACCCUGAGAGACGGCAAUUAUUCACCCUCGGGCGUUACCUUGACAUGCAACUCAGAUCUUCCGAAAACUUGAAAAGUGAUUUUUACAUUUACGAUAUCGAGUCGAACAAGUGGACACUAAUUUCCGAGGACACGGGAGCUGAUGGAGGGCCGAAAUUGAUUUUCGACCAUCAAAUGUGCAUGGAUGUUGAAAAGCGUACGAUUUAUGUCGUUGGUGGACGUGUGCACAUGCCAUCUACAGGACCCGAAGAUCAAGGAAUCACGACAAAUUUAACCGAGCCAGUUUAUUCAGGACUUUAUUCAUAUCACGUGCCAACUGGUACAUGGAACAUUUUGGUGUCUGACGUUGCGAGGCCAAACCCCUCGAAUGUCCCUGUCAUAAGAUCACGAGUCGGGCAUUCCAUGCUUUUCCAUCCGGAUUCUAGAAAACUGUACAUUUUCGGCGGCCAACGGAGCAAGGAAUACCUCAACGAUUUUUUCACCUACGAGGUCGAUACCAAACAAUUGGAAAAUAUAAGCCUCACGGAUUUUGGGAACAGAGACGCGAGUCAUGUGCCCGCUGCCGGAUACACUCAACGGGCGACCAUCGAUCCUGCUCUUGGAGAAAUCUACGUUUUGUCGGGGCUCAGUAAAGACAAAGACAAGCGUGACGACACUGUACAAAAUUCAUUUUGGGUGUACAACAUCCGAGGGAAUCGAUGGUCCUGCAUUUACAGGAACGAAAACGUGGGCGAAAAAUAUUGGAGCAAAAUGCAAGAUUACGAGCCGUGCCCGCGUUUCGCUCAUCAGCUGGUCUACGAUUACGUGAAAAAAGUUCACUAUUUGUUCGGUGGGAAUCCAGGUCGUUCCUGCUUACCGAAAUUGCGGCUCGACGAUUUUUGGCAACUCCGGCUCUGCCGACCAUCCCGCGAACAGAUAUUACGGAAAUGCAAAUUAAUCAUUCGAAAAUACAAGUUCGAAGAGCUCGCCAUGAGGGACAGCAUCGAGGCUCUCGAGUAUCUUCAAAACGAAGUUUCCGAUAUCAUCGAUCACGAUGACGAGGAGCAAACCAAAGAGUUUCAACUACUGGCGUCCGUCAUAUUCCGGGAACAGGAGGUAGCCCGAAACAACGAUUUGUCGUCGUCUUCGAGCACCGACGAUUCCGAAACGUUUGAAAAAAACGCAAGAAAGCUUCACGUCCGUCGAACCGAAUUGUAUGAUAAAUUGACGGAAUUUUUUCCCGAAUCGCUCACACAGCCUCGAGACAAUUUAAUUGAUUUAUUGCCGUUAUGAUGAACAAGUGAAACCGGUGAGAUUUUUUAUGAGCCAUUUUCUCGCUUCUCUGCCUUUAUUUUCAAAGAAAUAUAAACUUCGAGUAGAAAAUAAAAUGAAAAAGACAGAAAAAAAAACACUAUAAAUAUUUGACAAUUCAACAAUCCAAAAUCAACUAUUAUCGCAAUAUUUGCUUCAAUCAUUUACACUAAAUCGUUUGUCGUACUUGAAGAAGAAACUGAAAAAUUUGAAUUCGAGUCAAAAAACUUCUCAUUUCUUUUCGCUGAGCUACUCGAUUUUUUUUUUUUUUUUUUUUUUUUAUUUUGUAAAGACGAAUAAUUAUUGGAAUACAUUUAUAUUUUGGACUUAUCAUUCAAGAAAUAAUUUUUUUUUUAAAUAGUGUACUAUAGUUAAGAAAGAAUUGUUUUUUUUUUUCGUUUUUAAAAAUUUUUUUAUUGUGCUCUUAGGAGAAGAACUAGUCGACAUAAAAAAUAGCUAAUAUUAAACGCUCGGGCCGAAGAAAAAAAAAUAAACGGAAAUGAUAAAUAUGAAGAAAAAAACGAACAAAAUAGCAAAUAAAUAAAUUGAUGGGAAAAAAAAUCUCAAUUCGUGUAUCUAUAUGUAUUUAUAUGUGUAAUAUGUGUAUAUGAGAAUGAAAAGACGACGGAAACACAUGUUUUCUACCUCCAUUGAUAUUUAUCGUCUAAUCAAAGAAAAAAACAUGAAAUUUUGUGGUUUGUAAUCUUUCGAAUAGAAAUCAGCUCGAGGCUUCUUUUGUAAAACUUGUACUUAUUUUCGAUGUCUCAUCGUUGAUGAAGUAGUCCUGAACUCGUUGACUUUGUUAUCAUCCGUGUUUGACACUUUGAGAAUUUGGGACUCUUGCCUCGAAAGUUACGCUGCAUCGUUUUUUUGUAAUAUGAAAUUAUGGUUUUGUUGUAAGCGCAAACAUGAUGUAAUACCUUUUUGUUCUUGAAUUAAUCUAAUUAUUAUUUCUCGUUGUAUAAAAAUUGUUCUCGUUUUAUAUCAUUGUAACUAUUCCAACUGGAAACAGCAAUUAAAGUUGAAUGGAAUGUUACGGUC